AUGGGAAGGAAGAAGAGGGACUGCCUGGGAUCAGCUCUGCUCUGCCUUCUGCUUUCCUCUUAUCCUGAGGAACCUCAGACUGUGAGGGACGGUGCCGUCCUUCCAACAGAUAAGAGGUUUUCCUGUACUGAUUGUGGGAAAUGUUUCCAUUUUAAGUCCAGACUUAACGUGCAUAAAAGAUCUCAUACAGGUGAGAAGCCACAUUCAUGCCCUGAGUGCGGGAAAUGUUUUUCAGCGAAGUCCAGUCUUUCCAGACAUCAGAGAUCUCACAAGGUGGAGAAGUUGUAUACAUGCCCUGAGUGUGGGAAAUGUUUUGCACAAAAAACAGAUCUUGUUAAACAUCAGAGAUCUCACACAGGCAAAAAGCCGUAUUCACGUCUGGAGUGUGGAAAACGUUUUUCAGAAAACUCCCAUCUUUAUAACCAUCAGAGACUGCACAUGGAAGAGAAGCCAUAUUCCUGUUCUGAGUGCGGGAAAUGUUUUGUACAAAAAGCAGAUCUUGUCAAACACCAGAGGUCUCACAAGGGGGAAAAGCCGUAUUCCUGUUCAGAGUGUGGGAAAUGUUUUUCAGAUAAGUCCAAUCGUGCCAGACAUCAGAAAUCUCACGCGGGGGGAAAACCAUAUUCUUGUUCUGAAUGCAAGAAAUGUUUUUCACGGAAGUCCAGUCUUAACAGACAUCAGAGAUAUCACAUAGGGAAAAAGCCGUAUUCCUGUCCUGAGUGUGAGAAAUGUUUUUCAGAGAAGUUUAAUCUUUAUAUUCAUCAGAGAUUGCACACGGGAGAGAAGCCGUAUUCCUGUUCUGAGUGUGGAAGAUGUUUUUCACAACAAGCAAAUUUUAUGAAACAUCAGAGGUCUCACACGGGGGAAAAGCCGUAUUCAUGUCCUGAGUGUGGAAAAAGUUUUUCAGAAAAAUGUAAUCUUUAUAGUCAUCAGAGACUGCACACGGGAGAGAAGCCACAUUCGUGUCCUGAGUGCGGGAAAUGUUUUGUACAAAAAAAUGAUCUUGUCAAACAUCAGAGGUCUCAUACGGGUGAGAAGCCGUAUUCCUGUUCUUAUUGUGGGAAAUGUUUUUCAGACAAGUCCAAUUUUUAUAAUCAUCAGAGGUUGCACACGGGAGAGAAGCCAUAUUCCUGUCUUGAGUGCGGGAAAUGUUUUGUACAAAAAUCACUACUUGUCACACAUCAGAGAUCUCACACAGGAGAGAAGCCACAUUCCUGUCCUGAGUGCGGAAAAGGUUUUUCACAGAAGUCUAGUCUUCGCACACAUCAGAGAUCUCACAAGGGGGAAAAGCCACAUUCCUGUCCUGAGUGCGGAAAAUGUUUUUCACAGAAGUCCAGUCUUCGCACACAUCAAAGAUCUCACAAGGAGAAAAGGCCAUAGUCCUGUUCUGAUUGCGGGAAAUGUUUUGCAGUGAAGUCCCGUCUUUUUACACAUAGGAGGUUUCACACAGGUGAGAAGCCAUAUUCUUGUUCUGUGUGCCGGAAAUGUUUUGUACAAAAAUCACAUCUUGUCACACAUCAAAGGCUUCACAC